UUAACGAAUAGUCGUAAAAUACAUUCGUACACAGUACACACACAAGUGAGUCCAAUUCAAGCGUCAUCAGAGCGUCAGCCUCAACAUUCCGUCACCCAGAUAAGGGUAUGCACGAGGUAAACUUAGUUUCACGUCCGCAGUACAAUACUGAGCUGUGACGAGUGGAGUCGGUUCACUGUGUUAUUUUUCUACUAAGUUAUUAUUAAAACCGAAAAUGGGGAACGUAUUAUUUUCAAUACUUUGGCUACUUAUACUCAUAUUUAUUGGAUUCUGGGUAGCCUCAUUUGCAGCUGGACUUUACAUUCUAAUCAUUCCGUUUACAGUCUGCAUAGAACCUUUAACGGGUCUUACGGACUUCUUACUAUCAGUAAUACAAUUCCCUAGAUAUUGCGCCCAAGCAAUGAUGGAAGGAAAAGGUUUCAAUUAGACUAUAUUUAUCUUUACUACAUUAUCUUUAAUAAUUUAUAAUAACUGUUAAUGUCGAUUAAAUAUUUAUCUUCUUCAGUGCCAUAUUCAAUACUUGUUAUUAUUUUCGAAAAUAUUUUAUAAGAUGGAAUGUAAUGGUUCAUUUAGAGCAUCAAUAGAUGGCGCUGUUCUUAUUUAUGUUUUUAUUUUAUUUAUCAAUGAAGAUAUGCCUACACAUAAAUAAUAAAUAUUUUGA